AUGGAGGAGUGCAGAGCAAUAAUCCCAACCUAUGAAGGAGAAGAACAUGUGGUGGCUGCAGCUCAUCAUAUGGUGAAGGCACUAAUGGCAAGUAAGAACCUCACGGGGGAUUUCAAAAAAAUCCUAGUGGAUCUUGACACCCACCUGUCCACCAUGACCAUCCUCAAUGAAAGAAAGGGAGAUGAAUUGAGUGAGGUUGAAUUGCGGCUCAAAUGUGCAGAGAAGAAGAUAAUGAAUCGGGAGUCGAAGCAGUUGAUGAUAUGGGACUCGGGUUCUAAGCAAGUGUUGGAGUAUCUGCAAGCUGUUGAAGAAGUCCAAACCUUGAAAGAAAGUUUGGAGAGCUUGUCUUUGAAUGGAGGUGAGAAACAGAAGAGACUACUUCGCCAAGCGGAGAGCAUUCUGCAGAUCGCAAUGGUAAGGCUUGAGGAAGAGCUACUCCACAUUCUUCGACACAAGAAGCAAUCAUUUGAGCCUGAAUUCGCAUCUUUUCAUUCUUGUGAGGAGGUUGUUGUGUAUGAAGAAUCCAUUGUUUCGGUGGAAGAUGACAUCUCUGAGGACUCAUCAAGGAGAGAUAGCAAUGGGGAUGAAUCCAAGGAAUAUACAAUAGGUUUGAUCAAUCCAGAAGUAAUUCCUCAUCUCAAAUCCAUUGCAAAUGUGAUGUUUGCUUCCAACUAUGACCAGGAAUUUUGCCAGGCUUUCAUUGGUGCCCGGAAAGAUGCCUUGGAUGAGUACUUGGGCAUUCUUGAGCUGGAGAAACUCAGCAUUGAGGAUGUGCUGAGGAUGGAUUGGGGAAACUUGAACUACGAGAUAAAGAAGUGGAUCAGGGCUAUGAAGAUAAUCAUUCGGGUUUAUCUGGCUAGCGAGAAACGGCUAUGCGACCACAUCUUGGGGGAUUUUGGAUCCAUUAAUCCAAUUUGCUUUGUUGAAACUUCAAAGGUUUCAAUGUUGCGCCUCUUGAAUUUUGGUGAAGCUGUAGCAAUUGGGCAGCAUCUGCCGGAGAAGUUGUUCAGCUUAUUGAACAUGUAUGAGGCUCUGGCAGAUCUUCUCCUACACAUAGAUGCUCUGUUCUCUGAAGAAGCCGGCGCUUCCAUCAGGAUUGAUUUCCACAAGCUUCAAAGGGAAUUGGGUGAUGCUGCGGGAGCAACUUUUAUGGAAUUUGAGACUGCUAUUGCAUCAUACACAUCAACGAGCCCUUUCCCAGGAGGUGGCAUUCUCCAUCUCACCAGGUAUGUCAUGAAUUACAUCAAGAUCCUUACUGAAUACAGCAAUACGCUCAAUUUGCUUCUCAAGGACCAGAAUGGGGAGGAUCCAGAGCCUCUUAUUGAAGCAGAGAAUGCGCAGGGUGUUCCUUCUCAAGUAGUCUGUCCAGUAGCUCAUCACCUUCGUUCAAUCGCAUCUCUCCUGGAAUCUAACCUUGAAAGCAGAUCCAAAUUAUACAAAGAUGUGUCUUUACAACACAUAUUUUUGAUGAACAACAUUCACUACAUGGUCCAGAAGGUUAAGGGGUCUGAACUAAGGGGUUUCUUUGGUGAUGAAUGGAUCAGGAAGCACAUGGUGAAGGUUCAGCAGCGUGUGACAAGCUACGAGAGAACUACUUGGAGUUCAGUCCUUUCUUUGCUUAGAGAAGAUGGAAAUUCGGGUUCAAGUUCACCCUGGAAGAUGAUUCUUAAAGAGAGGUGCAGGGGCUUCAGUAUUGCUUUUGAGGAGGUAUACAAAAACCAGACAGCCUGGUUUAUCCCUGAUCCUCAGCUUCGUGAUAAUUUACGAAUUUUGACUUCACAGAAAAUAAUCCAGGCAUAUCGGGGUUUUAUUGGGAGGAACUCUGAAAAUCUCAGUGACAAGCACAUCAAGUACUCAGCAGAUGAUCUGGAGAAUUAUGUCCACAAUCUCUUUGAAGGGUCACCAAAAUCACUGAACAAUAGAAGGAAGUGA